UUUUUUUUUUUUCUUGUUAUAUCAUAUAUAUAUAUAUACUUGACACAACUCUUUACAAUGUUGGAUAAUGAAAACAAACCUCUUGAAACUGUACCAGAAGUAUGGUUACGGAAAAGAAAGCAAGCCGACAAACAAAACAUUCACAAUAAACGUCAACAAAAGAUCGAUUUACGCAAACAGAAAAAGUCAUUGAGAACUGAAUUUAUUCGUGCUGAUUAUCUAGUGAAGAAACGUAAAGAAAUGCAACAUGAAGUUCAACGAUUACGAAAUGUGAAACGACGAGUAGCAAAACAAGGCGAUCUACCCGAAAGUCAACAAGGACAACUCUUACUUGUUAUUCGAUCUGAUGGUAUCCAAAAUAAACGACAAAAAACAGGCGAAGUCAAAAGUACACUUAAGGAAUUACGUUUAGGAAAAAUUCACUCUGCUGUCUUUUUACGAUCUUCUCCUGCUGUUCAUUUAAAGUUACAAAAAGUACGACCUUAUGUGUUUACUGGUACUCCCUCUUUGGAAACCGUUCGAAAUCUUAUCAACAAACGUGCUCAUACUUUGGUCAAGAAUAAACGUGUACCUGUAUCUGAUAAUAAUAUGGUUGAAGAAGCACUUGGUGAUAUUGGUGUGAUCUGUGUGGAAGAUAUUAUUCAUGAAAUCAUGAAUGGUGAUAAGGAUACUUUUGAAAAAGUAGCUACUUAUUUGGAACCUUUUGAAUUGAAUAUGGAUUCUCGAAACAACUUUAAGAGGACUGCAUCAAAAUUGGCCGAAAAAGCCCAAGGUGAUAACAAACGAGUACACAAGAAUGUUGAUGCCUUCGUAGAAUACUAUAAUUAGAUUUCUUUCCUUUGUAUUUUUUUUAUUUAUUUUUUUUACUUUUAUUAUUCAAGCAUGUCAACUUCAUCAUCCUUUAUUUUUUUUUAUUAGUCUUUCUCAUUCUAUUCUUAUAUAUAUAUAUAUAUGUUGAUUCCAUCCUAUUCACAACCGAACAUCAAUAAAAAAAAAAAAAGACUUUAUGCAUACUCCUAUUUGUUUUUUACGGAGUUUCUUCGUUUUAUGCUUGUAAAUCAUCUCCCCUUUUUAUUUUUUUUUCCUUUCUUCCUUUUUUUUUUUCUCGUCAAAACG